UCUCGGAAACAAAUAUAAUAUGUGGAAUGAGGGUUAUCAAUGUAUCGGUGUAAUUUAAAUCUAAAGUUCUCAUGACAGCAUUUUUUCAUAAAUUACUUCAAUUAUUUUAUGUUAAGUGUAACUUUCUUUUGCUGGGUAUUUUUAUAAUGGCGCGACCGGGAUUAUGCAAGUUAACACACAUCAAAUGCCGAUCAGGAGUAUAUCCACGUUCAAAUAUAGAACGACAAGUAAUUCCUGAUGAUAAGUUAAAAUGGGACACCGAUUUUACCGAAUAUAAACCACCCUUCUAUACUGCACCAUCUAUUGUAGGAAAACCAUGGGCUGACCCGGACAUUGGUGCGCAUAAUUUUAAUCCCAAAUGGAAUGAACUAGAUGGAGAAGUGGAUAGAACUAGCUAUAUAGGCCAAUACAAAAUAAUUAAUAAAUUUCCCUUAAAUCCUAUUGGAAGAACUGGUAUUUGUGGUAGGGGAGUACUUGGUCGAUGGGGGCCAAAUCAUGCAGCUGAUCCUGUAGUAACAAGAUGGCAUAUUGACUCAAAUAAUAAAAAAGUCCUUCAAUUUAUAGCCAUUAAAAGACGUGACACAGGAGAAUGGGCACUUCCUGGUGGAAUGGUGGAUCCUGGUGAAAAAGUUGCAGCCACUGCUAUCAGAGAAUUCCAGGAAGAGGCUAUGAAUUCUCUCCAAGCUAGUAACGACGAAAAAGAAGCUUUGAGGGAAAAAUUAAAAGAUUUUUUCAGUGGAGGCAUUGAGAUCUACAGUGGCUAUGUAGAUGACCCCCGUAAUACAGACAACGCGUGGAUGGAAACAGUAGCUUUUAACUUUCAUGAUGAUACAGGUUCGGUUGUUGGGAACCUCCAUUUACAAGCUGGUGAUGACGCAAUUGGAGUAAGAUGGGUGGACGUAACACCAGAUUUAAAAUUAUAUGCAAGUCAUAAAGAAAUUGUUGAUGCCGUACUUGAUAGAUAUAAAAAAUUUAUGAUUAAAUAAUUUUAAU